AUGGAUAGUUGCUCCAAGCAGGAUGACACCAUAACAGCUUGCUGUCUGCAGAAUCGUUCCCCUACCGUCUGCCCAGUACUCUCCUGUCAUUCUGAGAAGCCAAUUUUAAAGUUGAAGCCGACCAGCAUUUACAGUUUUUACAAAGAUGAUCGAUUUGAUGGAAGGAAGCACGCUAAGGAGUGGGUUGCAGCCUUAACAGUAGUCCAUCAUCUUUCGACAAAGGCUACCCUAAGUGCCUUGCGUAACCCGCGCAAGUUGAAACCUUUGGCGUUUUCUGCAGAAGAAGAUUUCUUCUUGAUAUGGUGGCCACGGCCGAAACCACGUUCGCUGAAACACUUUUUGCUGGAACUUCAUUUCGCCAGCAAGAUGUCAACCGAAGUACAAUUCAAGUUUUUGCAAAUUCUUCCACACCACACAGGCUUUUAUAGAUGUGCCAUGUACCGGAAUGAAUUGUACUUCGAUGACGAGUCUGACGUGCCAUACCCAACGGAGCAGGUGCAAGAGCUCGCGCGACGGGAUAGGUUCACCAAUUGUACGGAUCGCAUGCAAGAAUUUGUCAGACGUCCAACAGUCCUAACCUUGGACCUGUCUAGAGAUAAAAGGAAAUUAGCAGUUUGA